AUGGAAAGGCCACAGCCAGAGACCGGACGGAGGGGAAUGAUAAAGAAUAAAGAAAGGGUGCAGUGCCUUCCACCUGGGCGCAUGUUACUAGUGCCUCCCAUGGUGAGACAACCACCACCGCCGCCACCCAAUCAAGUGAAGCUAGCAGCAAUAGCUGUCGACUUGAACAUACGGCUGAGAUCAGCAGAUAUGCCUGGUGCAAUGCAAGAGCGUGCUUUUAGGUGCACUAGAACACUCCUUGAUGCUACAAACCUCAAAAGCAAGAAGCCCAAUCCCACACAAAUUGCCAUAUGUCUGAAGAAGACAGAGGUUCAACCAGUGAAGAAGCCACCUACAUUGCGCAAGCUCAAUGCAUAA